CUUCUACAACAAUAGUGGUCCUUUAGGCCGGACCCAGACAAUUUCUCGAGCGGGUGGAGAGGCAAUUAUCGGUGCAAGUUGGAGUUUGUGGGAGCCAGUGGAUGGGCAAUUAUGGGCGCAAUUAUUUCUUCUCUUCCUUCCCACCAUCAUUCAACUAGUGUCUCGUCUUUGCAGAAGUUCAAGUGAAAAAAUGGCGAUGAUCCUGGAUGCCUUCGUCUCUAGUUUCUGUGAGAUGCUGUUAACCUAUGCAAAGGAAGAGGUGAUCAAGAUCUUGGGUGUGCCCGACGAAAUCAGGAAGCUUCGCAAGUGGCUGGAGAUGAUACAGGACGUUCUCGCUGAUGCAGAGAAUAGACGCCUCGAGAACAAUCAGGCCAUCAACCGUUGGCUGAACGAGCUGCGAGAUCUCAUGUACGAUGCUGACGACAUCAUUGAUGAAUGCCAAAUCGAGGGUGAGAAGCUUCUUAGCUCAAACACAUCGUCAUCUCGUCGUGCUGAGUCGGUAUGUUGUUGCUACCCUCCUAUUGUUUGCUUGCACAAAGUCAGGUUCCGUCAUGAGAUUGGCAAAAGAAUUAGAAAUCUCAACUGCGAGCUUGAACAACUUGCCAAGCGCAAAGAUAACCUCCAUCUUAUACCUGCUCCUCGUAAUGACCACUACAAAAGUAGAAUAAGCCACAAGACAUCUCCUAUACUUGUUGAAUCUGAUCUUAUGGGAGAGAAAAUUAAGGAUGAUACAAGGAGGUUGGUGGACCUAUUGACAAAAGAAAAUAACAAAAAAAUCCAAGUCUUUGCAAUUGUUGGCAUGGGGGGGAUAGGCAAAACUACUCUUGCUCAGAAGAUUUAUAAUGAUGAGAAGCUUCGGGACAACUUCAACCAAAUGCCACACCAAAUAGCACAGAUUUAUAAUGAUGAGAAGCUUCAAGACAAUUUCAACCGAAUGCCACACCAAAUGGCGCAGAUUUAUAAUGAUGAGAAACUUCGGGACAACUUCAACCAAAUGUCACAGAUUUGGUUGUGCGUGUCCCAAGAUUUCUCCGAGUCCAAUUUACUGAGAUCUAUCAUAGAGCAAGCUGGAGGUAAUCCUAGAGAUGCUGAGCAGAAGGAAGUGCUUGAACCCAUGCUUAGUGAAUUACUCAGGAACAAAAAAUUCUUUGUAGUCUUGGAUGAUGUUUGGGAUGCACAGGUAUGGGAUCGAGUAUUGAGAAAUCCCUUGCAGAGUUGUUCGACAGAUAGUAGAAUUUUGAUAACAACUAGAAACAUAAACAUUGCUAAACACGUGGGUGCAAUACACAGUCACAUGGUGGAGAAGUUGUCUCGAGAGGAUGGUUGGUCAUUAAUUUGCAACAUGGUUUUUGAGGAAGGGGAUGAACAAGAUAUGCAUGACUUAAGAGAUAUAGGGAUGAAAAUUGUAGAGAAAUGUGAUGGCCUUCCCCUUGCUCUUAGGGCGAUUGGAGGGGUUCUUCGAACCAAGGCAAAAAGGCCUUUGGAAUGGGAAAAGGUCCUUUCUAGCUCAGCAUGGUCUUUUACUAAGCUUCCGGAUGAGGUGAUGGGUGCUUUGUACUUGAGCUAUCUGCAUUUACCACCUCCUCUCAAGCAGUGCUUCACUUACUUUUCAUUAUUUCCCGAGGACUACCAAAUUGAUCGAAAUUUUUUUGUCAGUAGUUGUAUUGCAGAGGGCUUUGUAACAUCCGAGGACGAUACGCCCUUGGAAGAUGUGGCGGAAGAGUAUUGGAAGGAGUUGGUGCAGAGGAACCUACUACAGCCAGGUCCUUAUUCGUAUGAUCAAAUAAGUUGCAAGAUGCAUGACCUUUUUCGAUCUCUAGCUCAGCAUAUAGCAGGGGAUGAGUGCUUCGUCGGAGAUGCACGAGCAUUCGAAAAUAAGAUCACAUCCUCCUUUUCAUCGAUAAAACUACGCCGUUUAUCAAUUGUAGAUGGAAACUUAGAAACCAUACCUGACUUGAUAAUGAAAUAGACAUCCUUAAGGACCCUGUCAUUCUUCCAUACCCCACUUAUUCGUGAUCUUCCAGAAGAUCUCUUCAAAAAGCUGAGGAGUUUGAGGGUCCUGGACUUAAGUAAAACAGCCAUUGUCGAUCUUUCAACUUCCUUGGGAGAUCUUAUGCACCUUAGGAGACUUGAUCUCUCUGAUACUAGAAUAAGAGAGAUACCGGAGAGUGUAGGGAAUCUUAGAAAUCUCCAAUCCCUGUUGCUCAUGGAUUGUAAAUAUUUGCACAACCUCCCUCGGGGUGUCGUGGGGUUGAUCAAUCUAAGGAUUCUAGGCGUCUUGGGUGCACCACUUGAUGGUCUACCUAUGGGAAUAGGGAGACUGAAACAACUGCGUUCACUUUGGGGAUUUGUAGCGAAUGGUUGCGAGGGUUGCAGAUCUGGAGUAGGAGAAGAUGAUUGGGAGCAGAAGCACAAGGGGCAUCAAGACGAGAGGUUCUGCACCUUGGAAGAGUUGAAAUCCCUCUCCCAGCUCAGGUCUAUUAUAAUGGUCAAAUUGGAGAGGGUAUCAGACAGGGUUGAAGCAAAAGCCGCUGCACUUCAAGCCAAGCCCCAUCUUUUCCGCCUACAUUUGUAUUGCACUCUACCGAGCAGCUCUUCUGAUGUGCAACAGUCUCAUGCAAAUGAUUACAAGGAGGAAGAUAUCAAGAGAAUAAGGGAGGUAUUCGAGGAGCUCUGCCCACCGCCAUGCCUUGAAAUGCUUAAAAUCAAUGGUUACUUCGGCCGUGAGUUUCCCAGCUGGAUGAUGACACCCUCCUCGUCAUCGAUCCGCAACCUACGAAGGCUGGAUCUGUGGAAUUGUGCUCUAUGCCAGCAACUUCCAUCCUUAGGAAUGCUGCCACAACUAGAUUUUCUCUUGAUUUCAGGUGCUUCUGAAGUCACAAGCAUCGGGCCUGAAUUCUUAUUGCUGACGGGUAGUAGUGCUCGUGCAAGAGGGCGGAAUGGAAGAAAAAUAGACUCUUGCUUCUCCUGCUACUUCCCCAAACUAGAGACACUUCUUUUUGAUAACAUGGCUAAUUGGGAAGAAUGGUGGUGGCGGUGGGAGGAGGAGGACAACCAGACAACAUCGUUGCUACCUUCUCUUAAGUUAUUAUUCAUUAGAGGAUGUCCGAAGUUGAGGUCUCUUCCGGAGAGCCUCCUCUGUCAUGCCACCGCCUUGAAGGAGUUAUAUAUAUUUGGUGCCCAUAGCCUGAGAGAAAUACAAAACCUCCCCUCUCUUACAAAAUUGUCUUUGCUGCAAAACUCAAGUUUGGAGAAAGCGUCGAACUUUCCUAGACUCACAUUCCUAAGCGUUUGUGCUUGUGAGGAAUUAAAGGUUGUGGAGGGUGUGGAUGCCGUGGAGCACAUACGGCUCGGUGAUCGAGUAGAAGAGUCUCUCCCAGAGUGGUUAGUAGGUGCUGGUGAAGAGCAACCAUGCUUCCCUUCCCUCCAAAAUUUGACUCUCUCCAACAAAAUCUGUCGCCGAGGGCUGCCUGAUUGGCCUCUGAUUCGAUGACACAUCACCCAUGUUGAAGCAAUCAACAAGUAUGGGCCAAUGGCAGUGAUCAACUCUACAAGAAAAAGCUGCUUCAGCAAGCAGGGGAUGUUAUACUGCUUGGCAACUAUUUGAUACUCUGCAUCAUUCUCAUGCUUUCAGAUUGAUAUCUCGGUGUAGGAUUGGCACAUUCUCCUUCAACACCAGUAUCUCUCGUCUUCAACAACACCAAGCAACAGCAUAAUGACAUGCAAAAGAAGUUUGAGAGGCCCAACAGACCAGCUUUAAGUCCUUGUUUCUGAAGGCUUCCGUCCAAGCGUAUUCAUAGCUGUGGUUCCAGCAGAGUCAUAUAUACCACAAGCAAUUACCCAUCUACGCUAUGAAUUCUAAAAACCACUGACAAAGGAUUGAUGACAGCAAGAUACCGAUGUGCCAGUUCUCAUUAUUUCACAAGCUUAAGCAGAAGAAUUUAGCAGAAGAAUCAUGAUCACUAUUGACAUGCAUUUGAACAGGACCUCAGUAACAACUUCCAUCCAGGCAUGCAGUUGGAUCAUGAUUGUCAUGCUAGAAAACUUUUUUCGUCAACUUUGUUGGAACCGAUGAUGUCUUUGCAGGUGAAAGUUCGUAUGUAUCUGAUAUAUGAGUUUUAUUUAUCUAUUAUCAUCUUUGUUUUCAUACCUUUUCUUUGCUUCUUUUUCCUAGAAGCAAUGAGACUGGAAGAUCAAGCACAGUGCAUAUGCUGCGUGUACAUGAUCACACAGCACAUGGCUCUCUUUGAGAUUUCAAGUAGUUCACAGGCAUGGGCAGCAGAAUUCAGCAUGUCGCCUUCUGCUUGCCACCCACCGCGCAGAAUUAAUCAGAUGGAUUUUUCCUCUUCAUGCAAGGAUCUUUAAUUGUAGUUUAUAGGGUUAUGAGGCUUGAAAUUAUUUCAGAAAUUUUAUUCCAUGCAUAAGAUUCUGCAAUUUUUAUUGCUUUCAUAAAAAUUGCUGCAUCACAUUGCAUAAUCUUUUAAUGGAGCAGGACAUCAAAAGCUGGAUUGGUUGUGAAGCAAUGUACAUACAACAAGUCGCUUGCAUUACCGAUCCUUCCUUGGAAAAUAAAAUAUUCCAGCAGUUUUGUAUGGUAAAUCAGGUGUAUGAGCCCGAUCAAUCAUUGCAGUUCCUUUUCCCUCAAGGAUAUUGUGUUAGAGGUAGUAAGACUCGAAGGAGGAAUCACCUUCGCACAAUCACAGAACCCUUCGAUGUUCGACAGACCAUAACUUAAAAAGCAAUUGAUGCAGAAGACUCGUUCCUGAACAAGGUAUUCAGCAUGUCUGCUGUCUUGAUGAACAAGUUCGGAAGCAUUGGCUUCUGCUGGUCUCUCCCACCAAGCUCCAUGGAAUUCUUAGGAUGGUUCUUCUCAUUAUAGCGUUUCUUUGCACUUCCUGCACUGAAAAUCUUGUCACAACUUUUUAGAUGUUCUUUCUGAAGUUGCAAUGUAUUGCAUAUCAAAAUGUUUUUUGCAUGUCAUGAAAAUGUAGAGUUUCGGAAGAUGUCUUUAUCAAUAUUAUUCAGGUAUCACUGCAUGGGGCAAACUCCUACGCAGCCUGUAUGGCCUUGAUAUUAUUGUGUUGAGCUGGCUUCAUUGUCUGCCAGUGGCAUAAAUUGUACUGUGUCUGAAUAGAGAGUAUGAAAUAUGUCUGGGAUAAUUUUGUAGCAAUGUCUUUCAGCCCG